AUGAAGAUAACAUUAAUUAUUUCUGUGUUAAUUAUAAGUGCCAAGUGCGGUUUACUAGAUGACCUUGUAACAGAUGAACAAAAAGCCAGUCUGAACAAUCUUCUAGGUAAAACGCCUAAACCUGAUGCAGAAAAAACAGAAUAUCAUCAAGGUAUGUUGGUAAAAGUGAAAGAAACUCUUGAAAAUGGAACUAAAAUAAUUAUAGAUGCAUUACGAAAUGUUAUUAAGAUUAAUCCAAAAGAAAGUAAAGAGAUUCCUAAAACAGGAAAUACAGAAUUAACAACAAAGAAACCUAUAACAGGUGCAGAGACAGGGAAAGAUGAAGCUAACAAAACAAUUGAUAAUAAUCCCGACAAACCUACUACAAAUGCAACGACGGAAGAAGCUCAAAAGGAUUUAAAUGAAACUGCUUCAAAGACAGAAGAUCAGCCGAAAAACAAUACACUAUCUACAAAAGACGAUGGCAAGGUUACUGAUAAUGCUAAAAAUAAAACAGGUGCUAACAACGCGGCUGAUGGUGAUGAUAAACUAUGUACUGAUGAUAAACCUUGUGAUAAAGUGGUGACAGUAACAAGAACGUCUUUUAAAGGUGAUGAGUGCCCUGCAGGGAAGGACCGGGCUGAUGAUGGAACCUGCGUGGAAGAAGUGUAA